GUGGUGAUAUCAACCAGUCGUUGAAUAACAAUCUGAGAGGAAGCGGUAUUCGACAAAGCGAAGAAAACGAAAAUCUAUCGAACGAAAAGGACAAAUUUGAACGAAAUUGUGAUAGUGCUUUUUAAGUUUCUCAUCGACCGUUUACGGAAUUAGCGAAGUUUUUGAUAUAUAAAGUGCUGUGAUUAUCAUACAACAAUGCAGGCAAUUACGAAGAUUAUCAUUUUCAUCGUAGGCAUUUCAGUACUGGCAGGCAUCAUAGGUGCCAGUGUCUACGUACGCAAAAAUGGCCUUUUACAAAAUUCUUCGAGCCACAACAGCUCAAAUCAACUGACAAACGACACGAUCGUCCAAACGAUACCACACGAAACCACCACAGUUUCUGAGCUGCAACCCGACCAGACCACAGAUCAACCGAAACGUGCUAAGCGGGCGAUUAUUUUCCGGCCCUUGUUCGUCUACCGUCAACAGCAGAUCAAGAAGCAGCGUCUCAGUGAAGAACGACAACAACAGUACCUUCAGCAGAUGUCCACCACCACACAACGACCGAGAACGCAAAGGCCCAAAUAUGCGUCCAACUAUCCUUACAUGAGCUAGGUCGUACUUCCGGAAGCUCGACACGCAACACUAGACAAACCAAACACAGGGAACAUGAUUAACAUGUAGUGCCAGAAAUUUCAUCUCGCUAUCGUACAAGCUCUCAUCUCACCAAUCGUUUCGUGGUGCCACCAACCGUUUUUUCGUGGACAAGUAAUCAUAACAUAUCUACUAGUUAGCAAGCUAGCGUGAAACGGUUUUAGAACCUUCCGUUUAUUUAAGUUGUUCUUCGUGCCAUGGUGCGGCGAGUAGCACCUUCUGACCGACAAACAUGGCGGGACUAGCGGCUCGAAAUGUGAUAAACGAUUUACGACAGUGACAAUACCUAUUACACUUCCUUAUUUAUUAUACAGUGCUUUUUACAUGUGAAUUUUUCUAAUAAAAUUGUUGUUAUUUAAA